UUAUGGACAUCUGAGAGGCACAUGACCUGGUCAAGUCAAUAUUUAACAAUAAGUAACAUUUCAAGGGAUGACGACAUGAAUUACAACUGCAGUGUUUACAACAUUAUGACACCAACUGGAAAAUCACCUGUGAAAGGAACAGAUAGUAAAAUGUUUCAUCUAUCUGUUGAAUAUAAAGCAACAAUAAAGGAUUUUUUUGUGAAUGGAUACAAAUCUAGGCGAAAUGUAACAAUAAAUGAAAAUGACAACGCUACCUUUAUUUGUGACGUUGACAGUAAACCAGUCUCAAAUACAAGUUUACAAUUAAGAACAGCUAAAAAUUUUGUUUGGAAUGAUUCAAACUCAUUGAAUCAUACACUUGGUCCUGCAAAUUGUACAGAUGCUGGAUCCUACUUUUGUAUCGGAAAAAACAAACACAACAUCGGAGCUGGUUCAACAGAACAACUGAAUUUGUUCGUAAAAUGUUUUCCUCGACACAACCCGAUGUUUCAAUAUAAGAUGAACGUUACCUCUGCAUUGAACGUUACUGCUAUUCUACAAUUCCAUUUUAUAGCCUACCCUUCACCAGAUACUGUGCUAUGGCAGAAAUAUAUCAUUUCAAAUUGGACAAAUUUGUCAUAUAAAAAUAAUAUUACUACAUCUAGAAUGGAACAUAACAUCAGUUUGACAGUACACAACGUAUCGGAAGAAGAUUUUGGACGAUAUAGACUUAUCAUUGCUAAUGAUGUUGGAAAUUACACACGCGAAUUUUAUAUCAAUGCUGAAGACAUACCAAAACCGCCGACCGGCUUUCAUGUUAUCAAUAGGUUAACAACGGCUACGACCGCAACCGUGCAAUGGUUUCCGUCCUUUGAUGGUGGAAAACCUCAACGUUUUGUAUUGAACUACUCAAAAACACAUCACGAUAGUUGGUUUAGCGAGGUAAUAAACGACACAGAAGAGCCGAUAAUGAAUUAUACGAUUAAUCGAUUGUCGAGUAAUACUGCCUACUAUAUCACCCUACAUUCCGAAAACGAUAUAGGAUCAUCCGAGUUAUCAGAACGUAUUGAAGUACACACCAAAGUGAUACAUGUUGUCGCAAAGAAAGAAAUUACUGGAAUCGUGAUAGGGAGUGUGUGCGGCGUAAUUGGUGCAACGGUUGUUGUCACGGUUGGGAUAUGUAUUUUUAAAAAGAGGCGGAAUGAGAAAGCACCAGACAAAAUGGUUUACCAGAAUGUUCCAAAUAUUGGGAAACAUAAAGAGUCAAAGCAAACUAAACGGACUUCUUUAAUAAGAGAAACACAGUUUUUUGACGGAGGUCUUCAGGAAGUUGACGAUGUUCCACAUAUACAGUACGAACGAACAGAGUAUAACAAUUCACCCGAAAAAAUAAAAGAAAUCGAUACAAUUCGAGUUUCGGAGUUGUUUCAAUAUGUGUUAGGUCAAACUGAGGAUGAUUUUGCAAUUGAAUAUCAGCAAAUACCGACGGAACUACAGAGUUCAAUUGCAUUUGCCAGAAAGCCUGAAAACAUAGCGUUGAAUAGAUACAAUGGGAUUUUCCCUUACGACCAUUCUAGGGUUAAAAUACCGGCCAUACCGGACUUCUUUAUGAAUGCAUGCUAUAUUGAUGGAUACAAAAGACGAAAUGCAUACAUAGCCUCUUUAGGUCCUACUGAAAAGACAACUAAUAACUUUAUAACAUUCUGGCAAAUGGUUUGGUACGAAAAGUCGGAAUUAAUUGUUAUGUUGACAAAUUUACGAGAACCAUCGGGAAUGAAAUGUGAACAAUACUGGCCAGAGUCCGGAACGACUAUGACUUACGGAGAAAUGUGUGUCUCUAGCGUUAAAACAACAAUAUUUUCGGAAUUCACAGUAAAAAGGUUUUUGCUCUCAAAGGGAAAAGACCAACGCCCAAUAACACAUCUUCACUUCACUGCUUGGCCAGACAAAACCGUCCCAGAAGACACUACAACUUUAAUUGAAUUUCGACACCAAAUGAAAACAACAGCUACUUCUACUUCUGGACCAAUUAUAGUGCACUGCAGCGCAGGGAUUGGUCGUACUGGAACAUUGAUAGCUUUUGACAGGCUAGUUGAAGAAGGACAGGAUAAACACGAUGUGAACAUAUUUGAAUGUGUCAAAAGUAUGAGAAAGCAAAGAGUAAAAAUGGUGCAAACACUAGAGCAAUAUAUUUACAUCUAUAAAGCUUUGGUGGGCACUCUUUGUUUUGAGAGUAGUUAUAUGACUGUAAAGGACUUGCGUAGCUUGGUAGGAACUCCAAAACACAUGUACAGUAAGGAGUACCAGCAACUAAAACAAACUGUAGAUACCGUAAAGAGAGAUGAAAAGGACGCUCUAAAGAGCAACGAAAAUCAGACGUCUAAAAAUCGACCAGGAGCCGAUAUACCUGGGAAUCGUUUUCGUGUAUUCCUGAAUCUUAACAGAGAGCAUGAAGAUUCCGAUUAUAUAAAUGCUGUUUAUAUAAACAGCUUUGUAAAGAAGGAAUUCUUUAUCGUAGCGCAAACGCCGCUGCCUGGUGCCACUGAAGACUUUAUCUGUCUGAUUUAUCAGGAGGAUUGCACGUGCGUUGUUAGCAUGAUGGACCAGAAAGACUCAUAUCAGAAAAUUGGAAAGUAUUUGCCUGAUGGUGACAAGAUCUUGAAGAUAGGAAAUUUUAAAGUUUCUUGUUCAGUACUGGAAACAAAACAUCACUACACGCUAAAGAAAAUGAAAAUAUGUUAUGAAGGGAGGUAUGAGAGGGGCGUAAAGAUUGUCUACCAUUUUCAAUACACGCAGUGGCUUGCAGAAAUGGAAAUUCCGGACAACAACGUUGAUUUUGUACAAUUUGUGAAGGAUGUACACCAAUAUGCCUGUGAACUUGGCGAUGAAAGAUCCCAUGUUCUUGCACAUUGUUUGAAAGCGAAUGAGAGAAGUGGUUUGUUUUGUACAGUACUAAUUAUUUUGGAAAAACUGGAUAAGGAGAAUCAAGUGAAUAUUUCAAACACGAUUCGUCAUUUGCGUACAAGGAGACGGUCUGCAAUUACAAGCAUGGAACAACUUCAGUUUUGUUAUCAAGCAGCAAGUGUUUACGCAAAACAGUUGAAAAAUUAAGAGUCUAGAAAAGGAUUCGAAGAAAAACAAUGACUUGCUUUUAUGUCUCAUAAUGUGUUGUUUUUAUUUUCUCUCAUGUGCGGUGGAUGAGAGAGAAAGAGAAAGGGGGGAUAGUAUGUUAUGCUAAAUAUAUGACUUUUUUAUUGUAUAUAUGCUUAUUUAUUUAAUAUGUUCUAAUUCAAAGCUAAUUCGUUUAUUUUUAUUUUGAAAAAUGUAAUAUGUAAAGGAAUAUUUAAACCGAUUUUUAUUUUCAUAAGUCGAACAAUUUGCAUCAUGCAUCAACAUGACAAUUUUGUUGCGUGAGUGUAGCGCAUUUUCUUAAUGUUGUGAAAAUAGCCUCCUACAAAUGUUGCUUAUUUCUGGACGAAAACUUUCGCAAAGUAACAUAAUGCGCGUGAAAAUUGAAUUAACUUUAAAAUAUACAUAUAUAUCUCUAUUUUAUUUGCUCACAUUGGUUUGCAUAUUUGCGUGUUGAUUUUGAAACAGAACAAAUGCGUGUUGUUUUUUAUUGCAACUGCUCCACUUUCUUCGAUGGAACUGCGAGAAGCAAGCGUCGAGUAUAAAAAUUGAAUUAAGUUUAUUUUUUGUUUUAUUUUAGAAACAUGAUCUGUGUUUGUAUAUAUAAUAUAAACCUUAAAAUGUACAGCAACUUCGUGAGCUUGUUGUUAAUUUUUUUCUAUAACAAUCUUUAUAGUUUUUGUUUUAGUAAUUUACUAUUUAUUAGUGAAUAAUUGCUUACACAAACUGAAUAUUGCUGAUAAUCACAAAAUGUUUUUUUCCAAGAAAUACGAUACAUUCUCAGCCAAAUAUCGGUAAUAAUAUUUUUCUUGAGUGUAUGUAUCAUGACCAAAAUGCUAUUUUUGGAUUUAAUGUAUGCAUACGUUAAAGUAAGAGGUUACAAAAUUCGAAUUAUGAUUUUGAAAAAAAAAUAAUUAAAAAAUUCCUGUAUGAAAGGGACAUGUUUGUAUAUUUCUUUUUAGCGAAUGACGCGUGCACCAAAUCAUUGCUAAACGGUACAAAUCCUAUUUAAAAUAGCAGCAUGCUUUUUCGUUCCUGAACAUUUUAUCAUGUUAAAUCACAAUUGUUAUGUGUGUUAAAUAACAAAAAAUAUUUCAUGUUACAACUC